AAUUACCUCCAGCUCUUUCGGAACUCUUUUCCUCGCGACAGGCCUCCAUCCUCCUCCCUUUCCCCUCACUCAUUUUUCUUCUCUUCUGGUUCAGGGAGAAACUUCUGUUAAAAUCAGCACAAGGAAAUCAAUGGCUGCACUCUUUGCUCGCAACUCUUUAAAUGCUCUGCGUGCUAGGCAGCUGGCUGUAACAGGGCGGACAGCACAGGGUUCCUGGCACUAUAGCUUGCAAUCCAGUGCACACCCAUAUUCCACUAAGAAAGAUGAUGAAGAAAGAGAGCAACUAGCAAAGGAGAUAUCAAAGGACUGGAGUUCUGUUUUUGAGCGAAGCAUAAACACAUUAUUUCUCACUGAAAUGGUUAGGGGUCUCAUGUUAACUCUCAAGUACUUCUUUGAUAGAAAAGUUACUAUUAACUAUCCGUUUGAAAAGGGCCCUUUGAGCCCUCGUUUUCGUGGGGAACACGCUCUGCGACGAUAUCCAACUGGGGAGGAACGUUGCAUUGCCUGUAAACUUUGUGAAGCUAUAUGCCCAGCACAAGCUAUCACAAUAGAGGCUGAGGAGCGAGAAGACGGAAGUCGUAGGACUACCAGGUAUGAUAUUGACAUGACUAAGUGUAUCUACUGUGGAUUCUGCCAAGAGGCAUGUCCUGUUGAUGCAAUUGUUGAAGGACCUAACUUUGAAUUUGCAACGGAGACUCAUGAGGAGCUGCUGUAUGACAAAGAGAAGCUGCUCGAGAAUGGAGACCGUUGGGAAACUGAGAUUGCAGAGAACCUCAGAUCUGAAAGCCUCUAUCGCUGAUUUCGUCCUAAAUUUCUCAUCCUAUUUAAAAAUUUCUUUGUUUUGGCGUGAGUGAACAAUAAAUUGUUCUUGAGACACUUUAUACCGUCCAGCAUUGUGGUUCCACAAUGUUGCGUGAGGAAUAACUUUUAUUCUUCUACAUUUUGAGGCAACUUACGAAGGAUCUUAAAUGUAGAACACCCCAUAUGGUGAUAUAGUCAUUCGGUUGGUUUCUACACUUGUUAUUGUUUAAAUUUAAAUAAUGAGAUUGCAAGAAG